AUGACCAUCCAAAAGGCCUUGAAGAAUUUGAAAGCCAUGAAAAACCAAAGAAUCUCUCCAAUCUGUGAGAAAGAUGAGUCAAACGCCACAAUUUGCAUAUUAAGAGAGGUUGAAGCAGUCACUUUCAAUGUGAUCGAAUCCUUGUUGUCCCUUAUCUCAGGGCCAAAGGUUCCAUCAAAGCUAAGCAGCUGGUCAGUAGUUUCCAAGCUAAUCCACUCAGAAAAGGUAGCAGGUGAAGAAACAGAAAUUAAUGAGUUUGAAAAUUUGGAUGCUGAAUUGUCUACCAUCAUUGCUCACAAGACAAGCAAAUCCGAUAACAUUCAAAACCAGCUUAAGGAAUUGGAGUCAAGCAUUCAAGAUUUUGAAGAUGGACUUGAGUCCUUGAGCAGGCGUCUGAUCAAAACUAGAGUCUCUCUUCUCAACAUCCUCAACAAUUAG